AUAUAUGUAGUCAUGCCCCUAAACAAAUGCAUAUAUUUUUCUAACUUUGUUGUGAACAUGAGACUCUUAUUCAUGUCAAUAGUGUUAAGCUUAUUAUGCAGAGAACUAAGGCUCGUUUCCAGUGAUAUCGGCACAGCAACGUCUUACGGUCCUCCUUAUAUACCUACAAAGUGCUUUGGAAGUAGGCAAGACCAGUUCCCUCCGGGGAAUCUGUUUGUGGCGGUGAGUGAAGGGUUGUGGGACAAUGGUGCUGCGUGUGGAAGGCGGUAUAGACUGAGGUGCCUGAGUGGACGUAAUAAGCCCUGCAAGGGUGGUGCUACCGUGGACGUGAAGGUGGUUGAUCUUUGUCGAGAUUCAACCUGCCCUUCUACCGUAGUCAUGUCAACUGAUGCUUUUGCAGCCAUCUCACACUCUCCUUCUACAAGAAUCAACGUCGAAUAUGUCCAGAUAUGAAAUCAGCUGAACCAGAUAUAUGAUGACCAAUUACAGCUGAGAAUAUCAUCAAUUAUAUUGACUUUGUAGUUCAUGUUGGACUCAGGUUUAUAAUGAUAUCGAGAAGCUUUGUAAUAAUAAUUAAUAUGAUGCUACAUUUUCUUAAUUUGUACUACACUAGUCUUCAAUAAAAUGAUACGCAGAGUUUUUUUUAUUUUUUUAUUUUUUAUCCA